AUGCCAGUAGAAGAGGACGUCAAUAUUGACGAUGAUCGAGCUUUGGUGGACGUUGAUGAUGUCGAAAUGGACGAUGAUCCAAACGUCAAGCGCAGGGGACGAGGCUUUGAUCCUCGUGGUAAUGGACCUGCAUCGGAAGGCGUGAAGGCCGGACGAUUCGAGACCCUUAACGAGACGAGGGAUAGCAGCGCUCGUGCUGUCAAGUCCGUCGAAGGAUGGGUCAUCGUCGUGACCAACGUGAACGAGGAAGCGACCGAGGAAGAAGUCAUUGAUAAGUUCAUCGACUUUGGCAAGAUCAAGAGCUGUCAUCUCAACCUCGACAGACGUACAGGCUACGUGAAGGGAUACGCUCUUUUGGAGUUCGACACGCAAGAAGAGGCGCAAGAAGCGAUACAGGCCUGCAAGGACGGUCUCACUUUGCUAGAAGAGGAGCUCAAGGCCGAUUUUGCAUUUGUCAAGCCGCCAGCUGGCGCCAUUUCCGGUCGAAGCUCAGGACAGAGACGAGCCAAUGCGGAUCGAGAUCGCAGCCAUAGUCCUAGAAGGUAA